AUGGUUCCAGACGCUCUCUUCGGGAUAGACAUCUCUGAUGUUGCCAUCAUUGGCAUCCUGCUCCUCGGCACUGUCACAUAUUGGUUUAGGGACAGCUUAAAGGCCAGAAUCUUGAAGCCAACAACUCAAAGUAAACUUGAAGUAUUCAACAACAAUGAAGAUUCUGGCCGCGACUUUGUCAAGCAGAUGAAGGAGUUGGGGAAGAACUGCAUUGUCUUCUACGGUAGCCAGACAGGUACGGCUGAAGGCUAUGCCAAGCGACUUGCCAAAGAGGGUCGCUCUCGCUUCGGCCUGGACACCAUGGUCGCAGACCUAGACGAAUAUGACUUUGGGAACCUUGAUGAAGUCCCAUCGAGCCACAUUGUCAUGUUUGUCCUCGCUACGGCUGGCGAGGGCGACCCUACGGAUAAUGCAGAGCAUUUCUUUCAAUAUAUCUGCUCAGAUGAUGUUAAUUACACCCUUGGUCACAACCCACUCCUGAGUAAUUUGCGCUUCGCUACUUUUGGUCUGGGCAACCGCACUUACCAGCACUACAAUAAAAUGGCGAGAGAAGUUAGCAGAAUCCUGUCUAGCCAGGGAGCCCACCUGGUUGGUGAGGUUGGAGACGGUGAUGACGCUGGUUGCAUGGAAGAGGACUUCAUGCGCUGGAAGGAGCCUAUGUGGGAGAGGCUCACUUCAGAGAUGGCCCUCACGGAGCGUGAAACUCUGCUGUACGAUCCAGUCUUCAACAUUACCUCAGACAACAGCAAGAACAAAGAUUCAUCUGACGUCUUCGUCGGCGAGCUCAACAAGGGUUAUCUCCAAGGGAUAGCCAAGGGACCUUUCCACUCCACCAAUCCGUAUCUGUCCCCCAUCGCCCACGCUAAAGAGCUCUUCAAAGGGCCUGAUCGCAACUGCAUUCACAUGGAAUUCGACAUCGAGGGAACCAACCUGAAGUAUGAGACUGGUGACCACAUCGCAGUCUGGCCCAUCAACCCGGAUACGGAAGUUGACGCUUUCCUCGACGUGCUUGGCCUUACUGCAAAGCGACAUGAAGUCAUCAACUUGUCGAGCACGGAUCCAUCUGCAAAGGUUCCAAUUCCCACACCUACCACCUACGAUACUAUUGCGAGAUACUAUCUGGAAAUUUGCGCUCCGGUUUCACGAGAAUUCCUGGCCAUGCUUGCACCCUAUUCACCUGAUGAGUCAACGAAGCAGGAAGUCACCAGGCUUGGAAAGGACAGGGACUACUUCUCACAACAUGUUUCUCUAAGAUGUCUUAAUAUUGCCAGCGCACUUCGCUCCGUUAGCAGAGGGCAGCGCUGGACCGGAAUUCCUUUCUCUGCAUUUGUUGAGAGCAUCAAUAGGCUGGCACCAAGAUACUACUCUAUCUCCUCAUCAUAUCUGGAGCAGCCAGGGCGGGUAUCCGUGACUGUGGCUGUCGAGUCACGAGCUGUCAAGUCUCGCGAGGAUAAGUUCUACGGUGUGGCUAGCAACUAUCUUCUGUCACUGGAGAGAUUUCAGAACGGUGGCAAGGCAGUGGCUUCACCAAGCUAUGAUAUCAAGGGCCCUCGCUCCAUGUACAAGGGGUCAGUUGUGCCAGUUCAUAUCCGACACUCCAAUUUUAAGCUGCCGAGCGACACGACCAAGCCGGUCAUUAUGGUUGGUCCCGGAACUGGCGUCGCGCCUUUCCGGGGUUUCAUCCGUGAGAGGAAGAGGCAGAUGGAAAUGGGCCUUCCUGUGGGCAAGACUCUGCUGUUCUUUGGCUGCAGAACCCGCGCAGAAGACUUUGUGUACGAGGAUGAGUGGAAGGAUGUCCAAGCAACAAUGGGAACCAAAUUUGAGGUUGUUACCGCUUUCUCUAGGGAAGGAAACGAGAAAGUGUACGUUCAACAUCGCCUGCAGCAGAGGGCAGCAGAGAUCCGGACUCUUCUCAAAGAAAGCGCCCAUUUCUACGUUUGUGGAGAUGCCGCCAAUAUGGCCCGGUCAGUUAAUGUCGCUUUGACUGAAAUUAUCGGCGCCCAGCGUGGCGUGUCUAUGGCCCAGGCCGAGGAAACUGUGAAGCAAAUGAAGCUCUCCAAUCAGUACCAGGAGGACGUUUGGUGA